AUGUCUGACAAGACUGUUUCCCCCACCACUGCCAAGGCAGCUUCCCCGGCCAAGAAGGUCGAGUUGACCACUCGUGAAGUCGAGGUCCUGGCUGCUGCUUGGGUCUCCCUCAAGGCCGACGCCGAUGUUGACAUCGACAAGCUCGCUCAGCUCACUGGCUUCCAGAACCCGCGCUCCGCUACCAACACUAUGUACGCCAUCAAGAAGAAGUUGGCCCAGGUGGAAGGUGCCGGCGAGGGCUUCACCGGAAUUGCCCCCUCUGGCGGCAAGGGUGGCAAGACAACCACAAUCAAGAGCAGCGCCGCCGCUGCUGCUGCUGGCGCCAAGAAGGCUACCACUCCCCGCGGCAACAAUAAGCGCAAAGGAGGCGCCGAGGAUCACGCCGGCACCGACGCCGACAAUGAGGCGUCCGAGGCCCCCACCCCGGCUCCCAAGAAGUCGCGCGCCACCAAGAAGUCCUCCAAGCUGGCUAAGAUUAAGGAUCAGGAUGAUGAGGAUGUUGACGCUGCUGCUGGCGACGACGACAAGGCCGGUGUUAAGGAGGCCGACGCCGAGGCUGUCAAGGGAGAGGACAAGGACUCGGACAUGGAUGAGGUCUAA